UCCCGUGGUGCCUCGGCUUCCGGUGCCUGUGGGUCGGCGCGCGCCGCCGCGGCCGGGUUGACUGGGUAGCCAUGGACAGCGGCUUCGGCUCGGACUUCGGCGGCACGGGCGGCGGGAAGCUGGACCCGGGAGCCAUCAUGGAGCAGGUGAAAGUGCAGAUCGCCGUGGCCAACGCGCAGGAGCUGCUGCAGAGGAUGACGGACAAGUGUUUCCGGAAGUGUAUUGGGAAGCCCGGGGGCUCCUUGGAUAACUCGGAGCAGAAAUGCAUCGCCAUGUGCAUGGACCGGUACAUGGACGCCUGGAACACUGUGUCCCGCGCCUACAACUCGCGCCUGCAGCGGGAACGAGCCAACAUGUGACCGGGACCUGUGCCUCGGGACGCCGCGCCUGUGGUCGGACUGUUUUUCCCACCCACCAGCGAGGGCAGCUCGUGCCCAGCGGCCCCGACAUCUGGCGGCAUGGAGGGCUGGGGAGUCGGUGCCUUUCCCCUGGGCUGCUGGGCAUAGCUCCGAGGACCGGUUUGAGCCAGGGGGCCUGCCCUAUCCCACCUGAGCUGUGAACUCCCGAGAGCGGGCCAAUAAAUGGCUGCUGGGACAGAA